UGCUUCUUCGUAACCAAUAACGCCGCUACUAAAUUAUAAAGCUGACGCUCAGAUCUCAUCUCCCCACCCAACCCAACCCAACUCCAACCCCAGCCCCAGUGGAUUCUCCAAUCCCCCGCAGAAAAGGGCGCCAGCGCGUCCGCUCCCGUUUUCCUCCCAGCAGCAGCAGCAAUCCGUUACCACCAAGGCGGAAGAUUUAGUAGUACUCCUCCUCCUCCAGUUCUUGCUCAGCUCCACCCGUACCGAAUCUCGCCUCGCGGCAGCUUCGUGUUGACUCGUCCAUCCUCGGGAGCGCUCGUGGGCUUCUCGAUUCGGCGGCGCGUCUGUUUGGAGUCUCGGAUCCAAGAAACCAGCUGGGCGUUGGGUUCUUGGAUUUGGAUUUGGAUCUCCCUCCCGUAAUGGCGGCGCUCGUGGAGCUCUUCACGAGAUCCUACUCGUCCUCGACGCCGGUGGACUGGGAGGCCGAGGCCUACCCGGCGUACGGCGACUACGCCGUGCUUCCCAUCCUUGUCGCUUUCUUUCCCGCCCUGCGCUUCCUCCUCGACCGGUUCGUCUUCGAGAUAUUAGCAAGAAGACUUAUAUUUGGAAAGGGUUAUGACAAGCUUGCUGAAACAGAUGAAAGGAGAAAGAAAAUCAAUAAAUUUAAGGAGUCGGCGUGGAAAUUUGUUUAUUUUCUUUCUGCAGAGGUCCUUUCAUUAUCUGUAACAUACAAUGAGCCAUGGUUUACAAACACCAGAUACUUCUGGGUAGGGCCUGGUGAGCAGCUCUGGCCUGAUCAAAAGAUGAAACUGAAGCUUAAGGCUGUAUACAUGUAUGCUGCUGGAUUUUACACAUAUUCCAUCUUUGCCCUUCUGUUCUGGGAAACAAGACGCAAGGAUUUCGGAGUCUCGAUGUCUCACCAUGUAGCAACCGUUGUUCUGAUUGUUAUGUCCUACAUUUGCAGAUUAUCUCGUGCUGGCUCGGUCAUUUUAGCUGUCCAUGAUGCGAGUGAUAUAUUCCUAGAGAUCGGAAAGAUGGCCAAGUAUAGUAGCUGUGAGGGGCUAGCUGUUGUAGCGUUUCUACUUUUUGUGGCUUCGUGGAUCCUUCUUCGGCUAAUAAUUUUCCCUUUCUGGAUCCUGAGGAGCACAAGCUAUGAAGUAGCUGUGAUCCUUGACAAGGAGAAAAAGGAAUUUUACAGCUCCGUAUACUACUAUCUUUUCAACAGUCUCCUGUUCUCACUUCUAGUCCUUCACAUAUAUUGGUGGGUACUGAUUUACCGGAUGUUAGUCAAACAAAUCCAAUCUAGAGGACGUGUUGGUGACGAUGUUCGAUCCGAUUCUGAAGGCGAAGAAGACCACGAAGAUUAAUCUGUAGGUUGUUGGAUGCUUAACUGAAGAACUAUACGGUGUGUUCCCUACAGGAAGAUACAUCACCCUAGGCACUGAUUUCACUAGAUCGGAUCAAUCUUUGUGUCAAACAAGGCAGCCACAACUUGCAGGAGUUGCUACUACAGCUACUUGUGCUAUCAUAUACAAAGUUGAUGUAUAUUGCCCUGGAUCCGUAUUUGUAUAAAAGAGAGCGUAAUAAGUUUAUUCAGUCUAGGAAGGAUUAGUUGAUUCAUGAUGCAUUGACGUCGUUGUGUAAUACGCUGUGGCAACUCAGUUUACCACUUGGGUGUAUCUUGCAUUAUAAUGGGCAUUGACGUCGUUGUGUAAUACGCUGUGGCAACUCAGUUUACCACUUGGGUGUAUCUUGCAUUAUAAUGGGUAAUCUGGACAAGAAUUCUUGUUC